GUGCUGUGUUCUUGCAGAAUUUUGUUUGUUGUAGAAUAUAAAAUUAAAUAAAAAUACAAGUGUUUACUAAAUAGUUAAGAUGAUUAAGUCUGCUGGCUUAGGCUCCAACCGCCCGCUCUCCGGGCAACUCUACAAAUAUACGAACGUAGUAAAAGGGUGGCAGCAGAGAUGGUUUGCAGUGGACCCAGAAACUGGUGUUUUGUCGUAUUAUUUGUUCGAUGGGCCUGGCGAUACUGUGCAACCUGGACAACCGGCUAGAGGAGAGGCCCACUUAGCAGCAGCAGUGAUAUGUCCCAGUGAUGAAGACUCCCGCACUUUCACCAUCAACUGUGCCUCGGGGGACAUGCUGAAGCUGAGAGCCACUGAUGCCAGGGCUCGGCAAGAGUGGGUCAAUGGUCUGAGGGCUAUCGCCGAAAUACAUACUAAGGCAAUGGGUGCCAACCCUCCCCUGCAGCCGCGCGAACAGUUGGCCGUCCACGACGCCAUGGCGUCCGCGCGCCAACAGCUGCAAGCUACUGAACUCAGUGACGCAGCUCUAGCGCGGUGCAUUGAGUCAUCAGAUUCACCAUUCCCUCACACCGAUCCAGAUUUAUUGCUUUUAAAGGCGACGUCAGCGGCCAGUAUGCAGUGUCUGCUGCAGUGCCUCGGCCUCCUGUUGCGGCAGCAGCAGUGCGCCGCGCUGGGCGGCAAGCCGCAGAGAGACCACUAGCAUCACGUCACGGAUCGAGCAUUGGACGAGCUCAGAUUCAACGACAUCGGGGAAACCGGUCAAGUGGGUACGGAACCCCUCGCACACGAAGGGUCCCGUACCGUCGUGGAAGACAAGACUUUCAUGUUUUUGUGAUGUAACCACAAAUUUACAGUUUUACGCAUUUUCCCCUUUACUUGUGCUAUACAGUUAGUAUAUUGUGUUGUACCAGGUUAGCCCGCGUCCAUCUUAGACUGCAUCAUCACUUACCACCAGAUAAGAUUGCAGUCGAGGGCUAACUUAACGUAUCUGAAUAAAAAAAGACAUUGUUUAUUAUUAUGUGAUACAUAAAUGAAGUGUUAUUUAAGUCGUUAAAUUUAGAAUAACAUAAAGACGUGGAGCAAAGGGUAGGUAAUAAUGUUAAAGUAAACAAUUAUUUAUU